CCCCACUCGACUACAAAGGCGAGUGAGGCGAGAGUAGAAAUAUAAACACCAUCCGCAGAUUGUGCCGUGAAAUCGUCGAUUCCGUACGCGCUGUCGUUCAGGCCGCGCGAAUUAAGUAUCGAAAGUGUUUGUUGAAAACGCCUUCGGGGAGGCAGUCAUUUUCGCGAAGAUGUUACCGAUGCAAUUGGCGAUUCUCGUCGUGUUUCUUAUCAGCUUCGCUGCAUCGGCCAAUCUCGAUGUGGAACUGCAGCUGCUUCAUGUGGUAUUUCGCCACGGUGACAAAGUGCCCCAUCGAGAAUUCCAAAACUACCCCAAUGAUCCGCAUCUCGAACACUCUUACUACCCGAUGGGAAAUGGCGACUUGACCAACCAAGGCAAGAUGCGGGAGUACAAAAUCGGCACGAUGCUGCGUGAGAGGUACGAUCAAUAUUUCGGCCCGGAUUAUUGGCCGGACAAGAUCUAUGCCCGAUCCACGGAAGUUCCACGGACUCAGCUGUCUCUCCAGUUAGUCCUAGCGGGAUUAUUCCCGCCCUCCGAGAGGCAAACCUGGAAUCCACACUUGCCCUGGAUUCCGGCGUACACGUUCUUCGUGCCAUACAAGGUUGACAACCUCUUGUUUCCGCAUUACUGUCAUCGAUACAAGGAAGAAUAUAGACGUUUCCUUCAGCUAGACAGUACAAAAGGGAUGAUCAGCAAAUACAAGAACGUAAUGGAUUAUUUGACAGAUCAUUCUGGAAAAUUGAUCAACAAUACGGAAGCGGUCGCUCACAUGUAUAAUUUAUUGAAAGAAGAAGCUGCACAAAAUUUAACGCUACCAAAAUGGACUCAAAAUGUUUUCCCAAAUCCGAUGGAAGAGAUAAUAGAGUUAGACUUCAAGUUACGAUCAUACACAAAAACCUUGAGGAGAUUAAACGGAGGCAUACUGCUUCGCAAAAUGGUAGAGGACAUUGAAGAGCAUCGAGCAGGAAAAUCGCCACGCGACAGGAAAGCUUUUCUAUUCGGCAGUCACGAAGCUAACGUGGGUGCUCUUGCCUACGCUUUAGGUAUAAACGAACCAGCGAUUCCUGCUUACGGUUCUACGAUCAUUCUAGAGACUCUUCGGGACAAAAAGGGAAGUUACUAUGUCCAGGUUUUACUAUGGACGGGCGUUACGGAGCAACUGAUAGUACAGAAGAUCCCCGGCUGCUUGGAGUUAUGCCCCUUCGAAGAAUUCCUCAACAUCGUGAAGGACGUUCUACCGAAUGACGACGAGUACUACUGCCGGCGGAAUAAAACGGAGGAUCUUAAGCCGAACGCGCAUUAUCGAUCGUCGGCGAUGUGCGUCGCCGAUGACAGAAUCUGGCGAUACAUCUUCCUCGCCGUUCUACUCGCUUUCACAUCAAAAUUCGUGCAAAAGUGAAUUUUACCGACGCGAAUAUAUUCUAGAUAUUUAUUUAUA